GAUCCUCCUCGCGCAGGCGGGACAUUAUUUCAGGACUUUCCCGGGCGACAGUAUACGCGUCAAGCUGGUGGUCGGGUCACUCGUGGCUAUCGAUACCAUCCAUGUCGUCAUUCUACUCUCGUCGUACAAUCAGUGGUACAUUCGGGAAUCGUUUGAGCUUGUGCUCCCAAAAUCGUUCAGCCUCACACCGCUAAUCACAUAUAUCGUCGUUACCAUUUGCCAAAUGACUUACGCGUCUCGGAUCUGGAUCGUCAGCAAGAAUAACUUAUGGAUGACCGGAAUUGUGCUUUGCUUGGCUCUAUGCCAAUUCGCGAGUGGCUUCAUUGCGGGCCUCGAAGUUUACCUGAAUGGUCGGCCGUUGGUUGUCCAUCAAUCCAAGCUCUUCAUUAUCGCGGAAAAAAUCGAACUGGCCACCAGUCUCGCGUGCGAUGUGGCUAUUAUGGCCGGAAUGGUGUAUUUUCUGAAGGACUCGAUGAGCGGAGGGACCGGUCGAACGUUCACAGCAACAGCUCAGAUUGUGAAUAGGAUUCUUGUCUAUAUUAUCGGGACGGGAAGUUUGACCAGUAUCUCCACCGCUCUCAAUCUCGCUCUCUGGUUGACGAUGCCAUCCAAUUUCUACUUUCUGAUCGUCCAUCUUAUUCUGAGCAAACUGUACACAAAUUCUCUGCUCGUCAUGUUGAAUUCCCGCGCCAAGUUCCGCCGAGUAGAUCACCACGAUGUCAUUGAACUUGGGACCGUGCCACGAUGAGACCAACUUCGAGGGAACUACUGUUCCUAGCAAAUUCUGGAAAGAUGCUUCAUCGACCUGAUGUCACAGCUUUGCUCAUGUGGGGAUAAAUUCAUUGCGACACGAAACGGUGUUGUUCUCUACCCACAUACAGCAUAUGACAUUAG